AUGGCACUCAACCUCGAAAGGCAACUGACCUUUUAUGGCGCCUACCAUCGUAACUCGGUUAAUGUUGCCAUUCACAUGGUCUGCGUGCCUUUAAUACUAUUUUCUGGUUUCGCCUUAGCCGCAAAUUCGGGGACUCUUAUCCCCUUACCUAAAUAUUUGACGAUACCUCAUCUCGACCUCAACCUCGGCACCCUAGCCGCAUUCACUUGGGGUGGUCUCUAUGUCCUCCUCGAGCCCGUCGCCGGAACUAUCCUCGCGCUAAUAUGCCUCGGAGGUACCGCGUUCACGAACACCGCCCUUACCAAAAACCCGACCUUGACGAACCAAGUCGCGCUUGCGGUACACAUAGUAUGUUGGCUACUCCAAUUCGUUGGGCACGGUGCGUUUGAGGGUCGAGCGCCUGCCCUGUUAGAUAACUUGGUCCAGGCCAUUUUCCUGGCACCCCUUUUCGUCUGGUUGGAGUUCCUAUUCAAGUUUGGUUACAGAAGGGAACUACAGAGCCGCGUUUCGAAAGCUGUCCAAGCCGAGAUUGCUAAGUUCAAGGAGCGAAAAGCCAAGGCCGCGAAGAAUGGGAAGGCUCAAUAA